AUGUCAAGAGUGAAACAAUCUGCUUAUGUGUAACCAUCUCCAAGUUCAGGAAGAAUUCAAAAGAUUUCUGAGAAAUUGUCAACCAUCCAAAUUGGAGUCGAGAAUGAACGAUUCCAAAAAUUGGAAUAGGCCGAAUAACGAAUUCAAUAGGCAGAAGAUGCAUUCAAUGAGUUCCAAGAGUAAAUCUUCACAAAACUAAAUGGAUUACGAGAUCAAUUAGGCAAAUUAUCCAAAUAAGUGGAAGAUGACAGAUUGGCUAAGGAACAAGCCAAUGAAGCCAAGAACAGGGAGGUCCAAGCUUUGACCAAGAAGUUCGAGAAUGCCAUUGAGAAUGAACAGCAAACCAAGAAGGAGGGAGAAGCUAAAGUUCUUAGAUUGACAGAGGAUAAAACUGCACUCCUAAGAACAGAAGUACAAAAGGAGACAGCCUAAAGAGUGGAUGCCAUUGAGGGCAUUCAUUAGGGUCUUUAGAAUGAUUUGCCAAAGAUUUAAGAGGCCAUCAGAGAGGAGGCCAAUGAGAGAGAUGAGGCAGAUUAAAAUGUAAUGAAAUCAAUAACAGACGAAUUGGUUAAGUUGAGCAAUCUGAUCAAUGUGGAGAAGAGAAACAGAGAUGAGAGUGAAUAAUCCAUAUUUGAGAUGUUGAAAGACAUAGUCAAUAGAGUGAAAGUUGAGUUGGAUUAGGAGAAGAGAACCAGAGAGUAAUCUGAAGAACACUUACUCAGUUUAUGCUGGAAGACACAUGUAAUAAACUUAGUAUUGCAGCAAAUUUAUGACAUAUAUAUCUAUAUUAUGAAUUAUUCAUUAGUCAAGGUAUCCAUCUUCAUUACACUAGGAAUUUAACACACAGUAUUGAAUUAUACCACCUGA